AUGGGUGAAGCCAAUAAUGGUUCCAUGCUCAAUGGAAUCGGGAAAGCCAUCUCGCAGAUUGAAAAAACUGUAUCCGCUUCAUUGCGACCCCUACCUACCGAAACAGGGGACGGGACUUAUGUCCCCACGUCAACGGACACAGGACUUGUUCAAGACCUGAGUCAUGUCGACCUCGACGAUGUCAAAACCAUCGUGGAGCUUACCAAAAAUGCCGCGACAGGGGGGCCCGUUGAUGACAAGCAGUACGUUAUGGAGCGAUUGGUCCAGCUCGCUUCGGGCCUCCCUUCUACCUCGAGAAGCAGCAAAGCUUUGACGAACACCUUUCUCAAUCAAUUGUGGAAUGACCUGGAACACCCACCUCUCUCGUAUCUUGGGCACGAGUCUUUGUACCGGAAGGCAGAUGGGUCAGGCAAUAAUGCUUUGUGGCCUCACCUUGGAGCUGCGGGCUCUCACUAUGCUAGGUCUGUAAGGCCGACUACUGUUCAGUCUCCUGCACUCCCAGACCCCGAGACCCUUUUCGACAGUCUCCUGGCACGGAAAGACUUCAAGGAACACCCCAACAAGAUAUCCAGCGUUCUAUUCUACAUUGCUUCAAUUAUCAUCCACGACUUGUUCCAAACGGACCGAGCCGAUAGCACGGUCUCCGCCGCUUCAUCCUAUCUCGAUCUUGCACCGCUGUAUGGCAAUAACCAAGACGAACAGAAUCUUGUUAGGACGUUCAAGGAUGGAAAGCUCAAACCCGACUGUUUCUCUACUAAGAGGGUCCUGGGAUUCCCCCCUGGUGUUGGCGUCCUUUUGAUUAUGUUCAAUCGAUUUCACAACUAUGUGGUCGAGCAGUUGGCAUCGAUCAACGAAGGUGGCCGGUUUACCAAGCCAGAUCAGUCUAAGGAGAAAGAGUGUGCGAAAUACGACAAUGAUCUCUUCCAAACCGGCCGGCUGGUCACCUGUGGUCUAUAUGUCAAUAUCAUCCUCAAGGACUAUGUCCGAACGAUCCUGAACGUCAACCGGACGGACAGUACUUGGAGUCUCGACCCCCGGGCGGAAAUGAAAGACAGCCUACUUGGCGAGGCCGCGGCACAGGCCACGGGAAAUCAAGUCUCUGCCGAAUUCAAUCUCGUGUAUCGCUGGCAUGCUUGUGUCUCCCAACGCGAUGAGAAAUGGACGGAAGGUGCCUUCAAAGAGCUCCUUCACGGGAAAGACCUUACGACCGUCACUCAAGAAGAAUUCAUCCGAGCUCUUGGUCGAUGGGAGGCGAAGUUGCCCGAACAACCCGAGGAUCGCCCACUUGCCAACCUGCAACGCGGACCGGAUGGAUCGUUCGAUGACGAUGAUUUGGUCAAGAUUUUCGAGGAAAGCGUUGAAGACUGCGCGGGUGCCUUCGGUGCUUCUCACGUCCCAACGAUCUUUAGAAGUAUCGAAGCCCUUGGUAUCAAGCAAGCGCGAUCUUGGAACCUGGCUACGCUGAACGAGUUUCGAAAAUACUUUAACCUGGCCCCCCACAAGACGUUCGAGGAUAUCAACCCCGAUCCCUAUAUCGCGGAUCAGCUCAAGCGGCUGUACGACCAUCCGGACCUCGUGGAGAUCUACCCGGGAAUCAUCGUAGAGGACACAAAAGAGCCCAUGACUCCCGGAAGUGGCCUGUGUACCAACUUUACGGUAUCCAGAGCCGUUCUCUCUGAUGCGGUCGCAUUGGUUCGGGGUGAUCGGUUUUACACGGUCGACUUUACGCCGAAACAUCUGACGAACUGGGCAUACAAGGAGAUUCAAGCCUCGGACACUGUCGACCAAGGCCAUGUCUUCUCCAAGCUCGUACUGCGGGCAUUCCCAAACCAUUUCCAGGGGAAUUCGAUCUAUGCUCACUUCCCACUCGUCAUUCCAUCGGAGAACCAAAAGAUCCACACAAACAUUGGCUCUGCUGAGAAGUACAGCUGGGCUAAGCCUGCUUUCACCCCUCCCCCGAAAAUGUUGACAUCUCAUUCUGCCUGUAUGUCGGUGCUAGCGGACCCUGAGACAUUCAAUGUUACAUGGGGCAAAAAGAUUGAGUUCUUGAUGCACAACAGCAACAAGCCGUACGGUAGAGACUUCAUGCUAUCUGGUGAUAGGAAGCCUAAUGCCGAGUCGCGGAAAAUGAUGCACAACGCCUUGUAUGCCAAGGACUGGAAGCUCGAGGUCAAGAAGUUCUACGAGGAGAUCACGCUACAACUUCUGGAGAAGAACUCUUACCAGAUCGCCGGGGUCAACCAGGUGGACGUAGUCCGAGAUAUUGCGAACCUUGCGCAAGUCCACUUCUGCGCUUCUGUUUUCUCCCUUCCCUUGAAAACCGAAGCAAACCCACGGGGUAUCUUCACCGAGUCAGAGCUGUACAAGCUCAUGGCCGUUGUCUUUACCUCAAUCUUUUACGAUGCUGAUAUGGCGAAAUCUUUCGAACUCAACCAAGGCGCGCGCGAGGUGACACAGCAGCUCGGUCAGCUUACCAUGGCCAAUGUCGAACUGGUCAGCAAGACGGGGUUUAUCGCGAAUAUCGUGCAUAAUCUUCAUCGGCAUGACGUGCUCAGCGAGUAUGGCACACACAUGAUCCAACGCCUGCUUGAUUCGGGCAAGCCUGCGAACGAAAUUGUGUGGACUCACAUUCUACCCACCGCUGGUGGAAUGGUAGCCAACCAAGCACAGCUCUUCUCCCAAUGUCUUGACUACUACCUGUCCCCAGAGGGAGCCGAGCAUCUCCCUGAGAUUAACCGUCUGGCUAAGGCAAACAACGCCGCAGCAGACAAUCUGUUGACCCGAUACUUCAUGGAGGGUGCACGGUUGCGAUCAUCCGUUGCUUUGCCCCGCGUGGUGACAAAGCCCACGGGUGUCGAGGACGGCGGCAAGAACGUGGAACUCGAGGCAGGAGAGCACAUUCUAUGUAAUUUGGUCACUGCAAGCAUGGAUCCCGUUAGCUUCCCAGAACCCGAAAAAGUCAAACUGGACCGUGACAUGAAUCUGUACGCCCAUUUUGGCUUCGGACCACACCAGUGUUUGGGCCUGGGCAUGUGUCAAAUGGCAUUGACCACGAUGCUGAAAGUUAUCGGCCGGCUGGACAACCUGCGUCGGGCUCCCGGACCCCACGGGCAACUGAAGAGGCUCUCCGGGCCCGGGGGCAUUGCAAAGUAUAUGUCUGCCGAUCAGAGUGGCUUUUCUCCCUUCCCGACGACGAUGAAGAUCCAAUGGGAUGGCGACCUGGCGGAUCUGAAGGCUAGCCUGGGUAUUGUGCAGUGA